UGCUAAAGUUUGGUAUUAGUUAGCUUCAAACACAAUGGCAGUUCAGGUUUGUUUAAGUGUUUACUUCUUUGCCUUGCUUUUUGUGGGUUCAUUUGGUCUUCCCUUAAAAGGCUCAAAAUCCACUGACCAGAGCAGCACUGAUGCACAUGACUCGUCUUACUAUGCUUCAAACCCAAGAGUGGCCUCGGAAUAUGCUGCAUCUAUGCACCACGGUACUGCAAGAAUUAUGUCUCAGCCGCUGCAGUUCUUUGUCCAAGAGCCCAGUCUCUCUCACGAGAGAAGUGAGGGAGCUGAGGCUGCUCCAGAGGAUUUUUACUCUUCUGGCUCUGAGUCUUCUAUUCAAGCUGAACAGUCUGAAGCGGCACAACCUGGUAUGCCUGAGGCAAAGUGGCUUGUACCUCCACAAAGCUUUGAGGAAGCAUCAGUCGAUGCCCAGGCCCAAAGUACCAGUGAGCUCCUCCCACAGCCUCCUCUGCCACCAGCUGGACCUGUCCUCCAGUCAGGAGAGACUUCCAAUAUUGUGAAGGAAGCUGAACUGGGAAACUAUCAACAGCAGACUGAGGAAUUUGGCUACCCAGCUGACCUUACAGAAUCUCAGCAAAGCUCCACAAACAUGGUUAUACCAAGCGUUGUCUUGCCAGGUUACUGGGGUAACUUUUAUCCUGGCUUUGACUACAGGCUCCUGUAUGGUCUGUAUCCUCCUGGCACAUACAGCACAUUCAGCCAGAGCCAUGAGGGGGGCAAAGACUACUACAAGGAUGUCCACUACCUGAAGGAACACGAGUCUGAGGAAGAUGAUCAAGGUCCUUACCAGCAGAAGAUCUUCCCAGGUCCUCCACAGUACUCAACUGGUCAAUAAGUGCCCUCAAGUGGUUGAACACUUGGUGGUGACUGAAAUGAUCUUUAAUUCAAUAAAAAUGUUUGACCUACUGA